AGUUUAACGGUGGAGCUGUGGCCCUGAGUCAGCCUUGGCACUACAGGGUUUAUAAGAGGAACUAUUUGGCUCUAGGGAUAAUAAUUUGCUUGCCAGUGUGUUCGGGUGAAGAAGACUGAGACCUGAACGAUGUGGGGAGAUACAUUUUGGUUGAGAAACAUGAGAUGGCUUGCUGUUUGGUUGGUUGUUGUAGGACAUUGUUUGGGACAGAAGCAGCAACAGAGACUUUCAUUCUCUCAUCUAGAUGACAUUGCAUCACACUCAGGAAAUAAGAAAUGUGCUCCUGGCUACUACAGAGACAACAAGGGCCUGUACCUGGGUCGCUGUGUGCCGUGCUUCUGUAAUGGACAUUCUAACACGUGUGAGGAUGGGUCUGGAAAGUGCUUGAACUGUCUGUGGAACACUGUGGGAGACAACUGUGAACAUUGUAAGGAUGGCUACUAUGGAAAUGCAACCCAAGGGACCUGUCAAGUCUGCCCAUGUCCACUUGCUAUACCAUACAACAGCUUUGCCACUGGCUGUAAGGAAGUUGGAGGAAACUUUGAGUGUUUGUGCAAGCCUGGCUACACUGGAUCCAAGUGCCAAAGGUGCGCUACAGGCUACUAUGGUGACCCAAGAGCAUUGAACGGAAAAUGCAGUCCCUGUAACUGUGGUAAUAAUGGAAACCCUGGAAACUGUGAUCCUCUGACUGGAGGUGAGUGA